AUGAAGACUGCAAUUGUCAAUUCAGUGUUGGCAACCCUCGCCGCAGGCUUCAACUUCAACAAGAGAAGCCCGGUGUCUUACGAUGGAUAUCAGGUUCUCCGCGUCAAGACCUUAAGCCAACUGGCAUCUGUGCAAAAGAGGCUGGCUUCAAUUCCACACGAACAAUGGAACCACGACGUAGAAACACACAUAGACAUCGUCAUCUCCCCCGACCAAGUCGAGACCAUAGGAGCGCUCGGCCUCGACUUCCGCGUGUUGCGUAAGGAUCUCGGCGAGUCGAUCAGCGCUGAGUCCCAGAGCAGCAGCACUUACAAGCGCGACGUCAGUGACCUCUCGUGGUACGAUUCUUACCACCCGUACGAGGACCAUGUUCGCUACUUCGCCGAUCUCCACGAUGCUUUUCCCAAUAACUCCAAGCUGGUCUACUCCGGCCGUUCGUUCGAGAAUCUUUCCAUUCAUGGGAUCCACCUUUUUGGCGAUGAGGGUCCUGGAAAGCCUGCCGCUGUUGAAUACAUCACUCUCCAGUUGAUUAAGGCCCACCAGAAUGCCACCAAGGCUACCGACUCUAUAUCGAAACAAUACGACUUCCACAUUUUCCCCGUUGUGAACCCUGAUGGUUUUGUUUACUCCCAAGAACCGUCCGACACCAUCGAGAACCAAGGCCUCGACGCCUACGUCCGCAAGCUCCGCGACAGCAGUGGUAUCAAGCUGUACAUCGGCUGGCAUAGUUAUGGCCAGUAUAUUCUCUCACCGUUUGGUUCCAACGAGACUUUGUAUGCUCCCGACCUCGGUAAGUGGACCAAGACUGCGUCUGUUCUCAGCGAGGUUAUCCGCGACAGCUCCGAGAGACGCACAACCUUCACAUUCGGACCCAGUGGGGCUACACUCUACACCACCACUGGCGCUGCGCCGGAUCAUGUCUACGUGAUUGGCGGGGCCGACUUCUCGUACACCAUUGAGCUUCCAGACACUGGUGACUACGGCUUCGUACUGCCUCCUGACCGCAUACUUGGGGCUGCCCAGGAGCAGUGGGAGGGCCAGAAGGUUCUGUACUCACUUUUGGAUGAGGAGUUCUUUGACGGGAUCGGCGAUGCAUAG